UGCCGCCGCGGGAGCAGCCACGGCUCCGGGGACUGCGGCCGCGGGCAGCCCCGGGAGCCGGCGGCCGGCGGCAGAGCGCGGCGAGGAGCCGAGCCCGGCCCCGCGGCCGGCAGCCAGCCCGCGGCGGCAGAGGGGGCCGACACCAGGAGCUACCUGUGGGCCCGGUACCACGAGAUGAAGAAGCUGGUGUACGAUCUGCUUCCGCCAGGAGUCUGCAGUCUCCUCAACCCGGCCGCCAUCUACGCUAACAAUGAGAUCAGCCUGGGCGACGUUGAGAUAUAUGGCUUUGACUACGAUUACACAUUAGCACAGUAUUCUAACUUACUGCACUCUAUGAUUUUCAACACUGCCAGAGACAUCCUAAUAGAACAGUUCAAGUAUCCGGAAGGACUUGGGAAGUAUGACUACAUUCCAGGGUUUGCCAUACGUGGACUUCACUAUGAUGUACAAAAGAGUCUUCUGAUGAAGAUCGAUGCUUUCCAUUAUGUCCAGCUUGGGACAGCAUAUAGGGGGCUCAAACCAGUGCCGGAUGAGGAGGUAAUCGAGCUCUACGGAGGUACCCAGCACAUCCCUCUGUACCAGAUGAGCGAUUUCUACGGCAAGGGUCCUUCACUUAAGCAAUUUAUGGACAUUUUUUCUCUUCCCGAAAUGACGCUGCUUUCUUCAGUCAUUGAUUAUUUCAUAACUCACGGCAUUGAGUUUGACCAGGUUCAUCUUUACAAGGACAUAUCUGAUGCUAUUAGAGAUGUGCAUGUGAAAGGAGUGAUGUACAAAUGGAUUGAAAAAGAUAUGGAACAGUAUAUUCUGCACGGUGACGAAAUCUAUGCUGUCCUAAACCGACUGGUGAACCACAAGAAGAAACUCUUCCUCAUUACAAACAGUCCCUUUAGCUUUGUGGACAAAGGAAUGAAACACAUGGUUGGCAAGAACUGGCGGGACUUAUUUGACAUGGUCAUUGUGCAAGCCGACAAACCCAAUUUCUUCACUGAUCGGCGGAAACCUUUUCGAAAACUGGAUGAUAAUGGCUCGCUGCAGUGGGACAAAAUAAACCAGCUGGAGAAAGGAAAGAUCUACAAAGAGGGUAAUCUCUUUGACUUUCUGAGGCUGACAGGUUGGCGUGGAUCUAAGGUGCUCUACUUUGGCGACCAUUUGUACAGCGACCUUGCGGACCUCAUGCUGCGUCACGGCUGGAGGACUGGAGCCAUAGUCCCUGAACUGGAGACGGAGAUUCGGAUCAUAAACACGGAGCAGUACAUGCACUCCCUGACCUGGCAGCAGGCUCUGACGGGGCUGCUGGAGAGAAUGCAGAUGUAUCAGGACGCGGAGUCGAAGCAGGUACUGCUGGAGUGGAUGAAGGAGCGACAGGAAAUCAGGUCACUUACAAAGAACCUGUUUAACCCCCAGUUUGGAAGCAUCUUCCGCACCUUCCACAACCCCACGUACUUCUCCCGCCGCCUGGUGCGCUUCUCCGAUAUCUACAUGGCGUCCAUCAGCUGCCUGCUGAACUACGACGUGAACUUCACCUUCUACCCCCGGCGCACCCCUCUGCAGCACGAGGCUCCGCUCUGGAUGGACCAGCUGUGCACGGGCUGCAUGAAAACCCCCUUUCUGGAGGAGAUGGUGCACAUUCGGUGAAGGGCCGGGUGGUUUGGGGCCAGCAGCACCUCUCCGUCUACCACUAAAGGGCGUUUGACACUGCU